UUCGUUUUGAUUGCGAGGAGCGAUCCCUUGCCCUACGCACAAGUUUGAUCCUCUCCCUCCCCCCCACCCACUCUAAUUCUCUAAAGUCUCUUCCUUUUCUCUUUUUCUUUUUUCAUUACUAAUCUCAUCAAACGAAUUCAAAAUCCAAAAGCUCUUCUCGAGACUCGAGUUAUGGUCAAAUCAUCGGACCGUGUUGAUUCUUCGUCUUCUUCAGUGGCGCCGUUCCUGAGGAAAUGCUACGAGAUGGUUGACGAUUCCUCAACCGAUUCCAUCAUCUCCUGGAGUACUAACGGAGACAACAGCUUCGUUAUCUCGGACACGACCGUCUUCUCCGCUCAGCUCUUGCCCAAAUACUUCAAACACAGCAACCUCUCUAGCUUCAUCCGUCAGCUCAAUAUCUACGGUUUUAGAAAAGUUGAUGCAGAUCGUUGUGAGUUUGCUAAUGACUGGUUUGUGAGAGGACAAAAGGAGUUGUUAAAGAAUGUUAUACGGAGGAAGAAUGUUCAGAGUACUAGUGAGCAUCAGAGCAAGACUACAACAACUGAUGCUUCUCAGGAAAAAAAGUCUGGGGAGAGUGAACUGUGGAAGGAAGUUGAUAUCUUGAAAGGGGAUAAGAAGGCAUUGGCGCAGGAGCUGGUGAAAGUUAGGCAGUACCAGGAGAGUACGGAUACUAAGAUGCUGCACUUGGAAGACAGAGUUCAAGGGAUGGAAGAAAGUCAGCAAGAGAUGCUUUCUUUUUUGGUUAUGGUUAUGCAGAACCCAAGUCUGUUGGUUCAGUUGCUUCAGCCUAAGGAGAAUAACUGGAGAAAGGCGGAAGGAGGAGGAGGAGGAGGAGGAGCGAAGAUUUUGGAAGAAGUGACUGAUGAAGGAGAAACAAACUCAAAGGGUCUUCCUUUAGUAACAUACCAGAAGACACCAUCAGAGGGAGCAGCAAAGUCAAGCUCUAAUGAGAUAAAUGAUUUCUUGAGAAACGCUGAUAUGUUGAAGUUCUGUUUAGAUGAGAAUCGUGUGCCGUUGAUCAUACCUGAUCUAUAUGAUGAUGGGGCUUGGGAGAAGCUUUUGUUGUUGAGCCCUUCAAAGAAGAAGAAGAAUAAGGUGCAGGAGAAGAAUGUGAAUGAUGAUGUGACAUUGCACGAGGAGGAUGAAGAUGGAGGAAGAAUGGAACUAGACAAGAGUCUUGCCCUGGAGCUGAUAGAAGAAGAAAUGGAGAAAGCAGAUGACUUUGAUUUUGAUAUUGGACAGCUUACUCCAGAGAAGUCUAAGAAUCUUGAGAUUCUGACACAGCAUAUGAGAUUGCUUGCUUCAGAUCAGUAGCCAAAGAAUGAGUUUUUGAACAUAUAUUCAUCAGCCUGGAAACUUUUGUUAUUAUAUAAUGAAACAACAAAGUUAGGCUGGAGCUGUUCUUAUUAGCGUCUUACUAUAAGUCUGCUGAGAUCAUAUUUUGUUAUCAUUUGGUAAACCGCAUUUUUUCAACAGGUAUUAUAUGGAAUUAAAUGCAGUAACGACAACAAGUACAUAAGCUUUGAUGUUGUUAUGAGAAAAAUGGAAUACCAUUUGUUUUAAGUGUUU